AUGUUACUACGCAUCCUGUGCCAGAAUGUUAACCGCUCGUCAGUCGUCACCCACACUCUGCUUGAAACCCAAGCAGAGAAGUACGACGUCAUACUACUGCAGGAGCCUUAUUGGGGCUACUUAAGAAACAUACCAUCUUCUGUGUCCGGGGCUGGUGAGGAGUACCAGGGCACUCAAACACACCCCCACUGGACCCUCUUCGAACGCGGGGGGCCCACUAGAGUAGUCACAUACAUCAACAAGCGCUUAGCACCUACACAACCCAAACUAUGCUCCCACAUAGUCAACCACCCCGACCUUCUUCUCGUCGCCAUUCCACAAGGUCCUCGACUCACAUAUAUAUUGAACAUUUACAACGACGGAGACUGCUCGGCUCUACAUUAUCUGAGCGCGCACCUGCCCUCCCUCCCAACCAUCGACGUCAUGAUGGGGGACUUCAACCUCCAUAGCAACAUCUGGGACCCAAACUGCGGACACAGCGACCGCGCUGUCACAGAUCUCCUAGAUUUCACGGACAAUUUAGGCCUCAUCUUACUCAACACCGAGGGCCAUCCUACGCACAUUCCCCACGCAAGGCACUCAGUGCGUGCCUCCACAGUCAUUGACCUCAUCUUUGUAGAUGGUCGCAUCGCUACAUCACCAUCCACCUCCUUCUCGAUAGACCCUUCAGGACGCCUACUGUCUGAUCACAACCCCCUUCUCCUUACCAUCGAAACUGACAUCGAACCUACCCCGAGAUCUCCCCGCAUCAAGAGAAACUCUGACGCUGAGAAAAUGUUCUUUGCAGAGUGCACACUGGAGAUCUCCGGCCUCUACCCGCCACCACCUCUCGAUACCAUCAAUGAUACACAAGCACUAUGUGACUCAAUUUUUUCUUGUAUUGCACAGGCCUUCGACCGCCACGCAUCCACCCCAUCUUGCAGCUACCAUGCCAAAACAUGGUGGACUGAGGAAUGCUCCGCAACCCUCGCUCGAUACCGUGCUACAAGAUCACCAGACGACAAACGUUCCUACCGCCGCACAAUCCGCUCCGCGCAGCGUCAACACUACGACACAAUCAUCCGUGAAACAGCAGACAAGAAACGU